AUGAAACUCGCCAACGCACCCUCGCAGCCCAUGCACCAGGAUCCUCGAUUAGCGAAAGCUUUGGCGGGAGCGAUGGGUUGUGAACCUCAAUUCCGCCGUGUCUCCUGCACUUGGCUUGUUAUGAUGCAAUGUUGGUGGGCGGAUCUUGGGCUGAUGGAAACUCGAGGAAGAGAGACGGAUGGGAAUCUCAAACCCGCCGACAUCUAUCCUGAUCAACUAAAAUUUCAGCACUGGCAGAUGUAUUAUGAUAUCUGUGGCGCCACUGGCAUCACCUCCCUAGCACUUGAAAGUAAGUCGAAAGUAAUUUUGACCACUGAAGGAGAUAUAGGCCAAGCAACCUUACUAGAAUUUCCCUUGUAUAUCACGGCUUGUGUUCCCGACCAAGUGGAGAGUAUUAUAGUAGAACAAGUUCAAGCUAGCAUCAUGGUGCAUAUCACAAUAAUAAGAAUGAUUGGAAUAUUUUCGAAAUUCAAGAACAGGGGAAUUUCAAGAUUUGCUGCGAUUUGGUCUACUUCAUGCUGUAGCAUAUUCGACCGAGUGAAACAAAGAGGCGCGAUUCUGAGAAUGAGUAAUGAAGACCAGAACUCUUCGAUUACCAAGUACGAAUGGCACACCAAGGAAAAAGGAGCUUAG